AUGAGCGCCUUGUCGGAUGGAGUCUCCUCGUCUGUUCGUGAUUGUCAUGAACCCUUCAAUCGCCAUCAAAAACGCCGGCCAAGCACACCCGAGUUGCUCCGUGCAGCUCAACCUACCCCAACCCCGUCUCUCGCGUCCACCCUCUACUUCGACCCUGAUGCACAUCUCGGAGUUCCCGCUGAGCAGGGUCGAUCCACACACGGGAGCUACAAAUCGCAUCGCGAUCGACGCUAUGAGCCGCAGCCUACUUGUAGCGACGCCAGCUCCCAGGAGUACUUUGAUGCCCAAGUGAAGGUACCCGAACGACGUGAUGGCGUCAACAUCAGCCGGAGCCAGUCAAGCACAGAAGACUCGUAUGAAACAGGAAGCUCGACUCUUCCAACGUCGACGGCGAUAUCUUUCGUCACAUGUACGCAGAGCAGCCAGGAGGGAUACAUCACCGGCCCGGAAGACGCAAUCACGGAAAGCGAAAAGGAAGCGCCAAACGCUGUCCGUUUCGAAGAUACAGUUGCGGGCUGUGGCUACCCGGAGAUCGAAGACCCUGUGGAUCCCGCCCGAAUACUCGGACCAAAGGACCUGCGAAACCAACGCAUCUUCUUCUUCACCACGAUUUUGUCGUUGAACCUUGCAUGUGCCGCCGUCGCUAUAUUCGCCCACGAAGGCAUGUUUGUGUUUGUUUUCAUCCUUUUCAUCAAGAGCAAGGACUUUCUGUCCGUCAUCAUCUCCGCCCUCGGACUCCUCUCCCGGAGAAUCUACAGAUACUUCAAACCGUUGGCUCCAGUUCCUCGGCAAUGGAUACUCACCCUCAUUCCCGCUUAUUCAGAGAGCGAAGAGCAAAUUGUCAAGACGAUAUACUCGUUGCGAGACAACGACGUCGAACCGCACCGCCAGGUCAUGGUUGUAUUGCUGGACGGCAGGCACAGAGACGUAAAGAGCCAUAUGACCAGAGUAAUCAGGGAGUUCGAGAGACCGUACAUCUCCCUGAAACACAAGCGGGGCGUCUUACAGAUCAAAGCAGGCUUUAUGGAGGAUGUGCCCGUCAUCGUCAUCGAGAAGGUCAAGAAUAGCGGCAAGAAGGACUCGCUGGUUCUCUGCCAUGAUCUGUUCAAUCACCCACGCCACAACUCGCCCCUGUACACUCAGCUGUUGAGGGAGGAACUAUGGAGAGACGUUCUUCCAAUCUUGACCGAGGGUCAGAAUUUCCAAAAUUUCGACAUGGUAUUUUGCACCGAUGCAGACAGCACCAUCUACAAAGGGGCCGUGGCCUCCCUUGCCAAUGCGCUUGCUAGGGAUAAGGACGCCAUCGCUGCAUGUGGCCUGGUCUUGGUCGAAUUGGAACCUGGAUUCGAAUGGUCGUUCUGGAAUCUCUACCAGCAGUUCCAGUACACAUUUGGCCAAUACGUUCGCCGAAGGGCGGAAGGAUUCAUCGGAAAGGUGACUUGCUUGCCAGGUUGCAUCACAAUGAUUGCGGUGCGCGAAGAGAUGGCCGGCGCGAUUCGAAAAUACGCGGAACCAAUAACGAUAUACCCGGUGAUUCACCAUCAGGUCCAAUAUCUUGGCACGGACCGGAGACUCACCUACUCGAUGCUGUCGCAAGGCAAGAAACUCCACACGCUCUUCGUGCCCGAAGCCGUUAGCGAGACGGUCGCGCCCCAAUCGCUGCAGCACUAUCUGAGCCAGCGUCGCCGCUGGGGAUCCAACGCAUACUUCAACAAUUACUUCUAUUGGAUGGGCGAGAAGAUGAUCCUCAUCACCCGGAUUGCCGCGUCGGUAGAGGUCAUUCGUCUCAGCUUCGUGUACUACCGCAUCUUGAACACCAUCUUGUUCGUGAAGGGUCUCACGCAGGGGUUCAGCUUCAUCAAAAUCAUCCCCUUGCUGAUUGUAAGCCAGCUUCCUACAAUGUGGUUCAUGUUUUCCGUCUUCUGCCUCGAGGCCGAGCUAAGAAAGCGUGCGCAUAAACUUUUCAUUGGAUAUUGUAUCAACAAGUGCAUAUCGCCUCUUGUGUCCCUGGCAGUAUUUACUAAAGUGGCCAGAAACUUGGGAAGUCAAGUUUGGGGUAUGAGCGGUGUGACGGCCAGCUCCGCACCGGCCGCCACUUCAGAAGCAGAACAGGCAGCCGAAAAGGGAGAAGCCGGCAUGCUGUCGCCAGGCGAACGCGCGCAGAUCAUAGAGGACCAGCUGGACGACCCGCACGACGCCAUUCUCUGA